AUGGCGGGCGGAGAUUACGACGCCGAACCGCCGCGAAGGUACGCCUCGGACGGAAGAAGGGAAUCCGACUCACGGCACGAAUACAGCAGGGAUUCCCACCGCCAUGACAGCAGGCGGGACCACCGCUCCAGGUAUAGCCGCAGAAGCAGGUCGAGGAGCAGAGACAGGAGAAGCCCGCCGCGAAGAAGCUCACACCGCGAUAGGUCCAGGUACUCGCGUGGCAGGGAUGACAGGCCGCGGCGAUACGAUAGGCACGAGCCCGAAAGCAAGGAUGCUCAUCAGGAAAGACAUGAGGAAGAUGCUGACGCAUUGGCGCUGAACCCGAACUUGUCGCCCAGCCAUGCCAGGUCCAGGGCAGCGGAGCGACGCAGGAGGAAGGCGCAGGCGGAUUGCAUCAGGCGUGCGGGAGGUUUCCAGAAGCUCGCCGACCAAGAAGGACACGAAACGGUGCGACUAUUCUGGGACGGCUUCCAGUGGGUCGCAAAGACGGGGCAGGCCGCGCUCAUGAUGAACACCGACUCGGCGUACAUGAACUCAACCAGGAAGUUGAGGAGGCUCUACUUCGGAAAUUUGCCGUUGGCCUCGGGGCUAACGGAAAAUGCAUUCCAAAACAUUGUAUGGAAUGAAAUGAGGACGCGCAACUUCUGCAAUGACCCCAACGUAUCACCCGUACUCUAUGUCUGGUUCGCCAAGGACAAGGGCAACUACGGGUUCGUUGAGUUCGCCACGGUCGAAGAGACUGAGAGGGCGCUCACCAUGGAUGGCAUGAACUGUAUGGGAGCGCAGUUGCGUGUCUCGAGGCCCAACGAUUACUCGACCUCCGGCGCCAAGCAGCCCAUACCCGGGAUGCAGACGCAAAACAUUAUACCUCCGGACGCGUUCAAGGGCAGCUGCCUUAAGGUAGCGCAGAUAGUGCUGCCGGAAAGCGUGCAGAAGGAAAUCGAAUACUUGGACGUCCUCGACGACGUCAGGGAGGCAUUCGAAAAACACGGGAAAAUCAAAACCUGCGCCAUAGUCACCCCCAGGCACAAGGACAUCGCCCCCAACCUCAAGCCGGGAGACGUCAUCGUCGAGUUCGUGGAUCGCGAAUCGCUGCUUGCCUGCGUACAAAACAUGCAACAUCGCAAAUACGAAAAGAGGGAAAUACAAUUUGUCCCGAUGGAAGACGAGGACUACAAGCACGUGGCAGAGCCACUCAUCCUGGAUCUCGAGGCUCUGGAACGUGAGGCCGAGUGA